GCAUUCCUCUCCUUCUCACCCCUAUUAUCCUCUAUAGCUCGUCACCCGUCAGUAGUUUGAGAAAUUCGAACGUGUGAAGUGAUAACUGUCAAUCGUGAUAAUGGAUAACUUUACGAAAGAAGAUUUACCUUCAAGAUGUAAUGCGCCGGAAUGCAGCGACAACCGAGUCACCAGUGCAACAUCCCCGCAGCAGCUUUUCGAUGGAGCCAGCGACAACAACAACAACAACAACAACAACAACAACAACAACAGCCGCAAAGCCUCGUCGUCGUCCUCGAUCGAGGAGAUACAGAACGACGGCGAGAACUUCGUCUCGACGCUCACAGUCCUGCUGAUGAAGUCCAGCCAGGAACAGAACAAUAGCAACCGUUGGCGUCGUCGACAAAGCUCGACCUGCAGCCCCGUCUUAGAGGACGUCGAUCUGGUCCUGGAGGACAACGACCAGGUGAUCAAUGCCUCUCCGGAGACCAUUCGACACAGCGAGUCUUGCGCCGGACACGAGACUGUCAACACUUCUCUGCCCAGCGAAUUCAUCAGCAAGAUCAGUAAUUUGAACUUGAACUACGACGAGGACGAGGUGGCCGAGAACGAGAUUUCCGAGUGCACCAUCGACAUAUCAGGCAGCAGUGACGUCAUUUUCGUCGAGUCAGGCAAAACAUCGAUGGAGCAAACGGUCUGUUUAUCGAGCGACGAAGAAAAAUCGCCGGACGUGAUGGUUCUGAAACACAGGGACUCGGUGCUUCUAGCGAAAAAGGAGCUGAGAAACAUCGUCGACGAUGUGGAGACUUCGUUCGAGAAGCCGGAAGGGGUAGUCCCCGGGAACGACGACGUCGACGACGACUGUGUGAGCGACCAGGUCGAGACCAUGAGAAACGCCGACGUUAGCAAAGUUUUGAACAUGUCGCUGCCACUGGUCGACUGGAAUAAGGGUAUCUCGACGGAGGAUGACGAGACCAAUCAAUCGCUUUCCGAAGCGCUGCUCAACGUUUCCAUCGAGUCGCCCGAGAAAAAGCAAAGCACCAAGUCACGGGUCAUGAAGGACGUACCGUGUCCACCGACGCACAAGUUAACCGAAGCCGAGAUCUUCGACAGGCACACCGGUCUUCCGAAGCACGAGCUCCUCAGAGAUCACUUUGAGCAGGAGGGCAGAAUCGAGGAGUCGGCUGCUCUUCGAAUCCUCCGCAUGGCCGCCGAGAUAUUCCGUAAAGAGGAGAACCUCCUCAAGGUGAACGCUCCGAUCACGGUCUGCGGCGACGUUCACGGCCAGUUUUACGAUUUACUGCACCUCUUCGAAGUCGGCGGUUCACCUUGCUCGACGUCUUAUCUCUUUCUCGGCGACUACGUCGACAGGGGAUACUUCAGCAUUGAGUGCGUGCUCUACCUCUGGUCUCUGAAAAUUUUCUUCCCGACGUCGAUGUUUUUUCUCAGGGGUAAUCACGAGUGUCGUCAUCUCACCGAGUAUUUCACGUUCAAGCAAGAGUGUCUGGUCAAAUAUUCGAAGACGGUCUACGAGGCCUCCAUGGCAGCGUUCGAUUGUUUGCCGCUGGCGGCAUUACUCAACAACCAGUUCUUUUGCGUGCAUGGAGGUCUGUCCCCCCAGAUUAUGGAAUUGGAGGAUUUGGCCAGAAUUAAUCGAUUCCAAGAGCCACCGUCUCACGGAGCCCUCUGCGAUUUGCUCUGGUCAGACCCAACGGAGGAUUAUGGAAAGGAGAGAACUCCCGAGCGCUACAAAGAAAACAGCGUUCGAGGCUGCUCCUACUCCUUCAGCUAUCAGGCUUGCUGCGACUUCAUAGAGCGCAACAACUUGUUGGGGGUGAUACGGGCGCACGAAGCUCAGGACGCGGGCUACAAAAUGUACAGGUACACGAUGAACGGUUUCCCAUCGCUCAUCACACUUUUCAGCGCACCGAACUACCUCGACGUCUAUAACAACAAGGCCGCGAUUCUCAAGUAUGAGGACAACGUGAUGAACAUCAAGCAAUUUCACUGCAAGCCUCAUCCGUACUGGUUGCCCAACUUUACGAACGUCUUCAGCUGGUCCAUGCCUUUCGUCGGCGAAAAAGUUACGCAAAUGCUCCUGGGUCUACUGCAGAUUUGCUCGGACGACGAGCUUAAGGACGACGAAGAGGCAGCUAAGGAUGAUGGGGCCUUAACAGCAGCGCGCAAGGACGUGAUCCGCAAAAAGAUCAAAGCGGUCGGCAAAAUGGCCCGAACUUACACCGUCCUCAGAGAAGAGAGUGAAAGUGUACUGCAGCUGAAGGGCCUUACUCCGAGCGGUUCGCUACCUCGUGGCGCGCUCUCCGAAGGCAAGUCGUCCUUGAGAAGCGCUAUACACAAGCACCUCAGCUUCAAGGAAGCCAAGUCUAUGGACGCGGUAAACGAGCGCAUGCCACCCCGAAAAGACUCGGUUUCUUCAACGCCAAAGUCGUCCUUCUCUUCACCGACGGACAAUCAAUUCGUUACGCCACGAGGGACGUCCACGUCCUUAUCGCCGGAAAGCCAAGACUGGUUUAGCGGACCCUCGACAUCAUCGUCGAAUUUCAAAGACCUGUCUUCGAGGAAGAUACUGUUCGCCUCGCGAAACUCGCCACCAACGGAUCUUCCGGCGAAGGUUGCAAAACCGCCGAGGAAGUCGCCGCCCAGUGACAAGGAAGCGGGAACGGCUGUCAGGUCGAAGAUCCCGGUGUUAAAUAGAAACAGGAGCAAAACCGAGUGCCACGAGUCCGAGGAUUCUAAACAGCCUAGUCCACCACUGAUGAGAAGGAAAUCGGCACCGGCGAACGGACACUGGCCUUCGUCGAGGAAUAUAGACGAGACGGAUGAAGCAGCAGUUUGUGAUAACGAGUCCGAAAAUCGGGAGCAUGAAGAUGAGCCAUCGACUCCGGUGAUCGCGCCCAUGACAUUAGUGCAGGCGUGUAGCGUCGUGUUGCAACGUUAUGUACCGUCUACGAAUCGAUCGAAACCAUCGAAAUCACCCAGAUCAUUGAUAAAAGCUUGCAGUGUUAUUCUCAAUCGUUGUUCACCGGGUGAAGAUAAAAAGUCUUUGCCAAAGACGCCUAAAUCAGUGGUGAAAGCUUGUAGCGUUAUCGUAGAAAGGUGUCAGUCGCCGUUUAAAAAGAAUCGCGUCAGUCCUCUUCGAAGGCAAGCCUCUAUGGAUUUAUCAACGAUAACGCCUGAUAUAAAGGCGGAUGCUUCAAGGCGUCGAUCGACACAUAUUUGAGUACGCGAGAACAUUUUUGUUAACGAAAUCGACGUUUCAUCUUUUUCAGAAAACACCGAGAGCCAUAAGUGUCUAUUAUAGACCAGUAUGAAGUUGAGUGGUUAUAAAUUAUGGAGGAGUAUAUUCACGAAAUUUAUAGAAUUAUAAUUAAAUAAGAAUAUUAAUCAAGUCGAAGAUUUUAAAAAUAAGAGAUUUAAAUAUAAUUUAACUCUAUUGUUGCGAAUAUCGUAGCAUUACUGAACAUAGUUCAGAGAGUUGGUCGUAUUAUGGAAAAGUAUUAUGGAAAAAAGGUUUUUUUUACUGUAGCGUAAACAUAUUUUUAUUAUAGCUUGUAAGCGUAGAUAUAUUUUUAAAAGUAAAUAAUGAUUUGUCAGAAUAUUUGUAAAUACUGUGAAUCCAAUUGAACGUACUCAGUUUUUGAAACAUUAGCAUUUCUAUUUAAAUAAAAAAUAUUGAUAUAUUUAAAUUA